AUGUCAUACACAAACACAAAUGAUAUCCCAUCAUAUAUCACGAUAGCAGAAUAUAUCUUUCACAGAUUAAAACAACUGAAAAUUGAAACAAUCUUUGGUCUCCCCGGUGAAUUCAAUAUGCCAUUAAUUGAUAAAUUAUAUAAGAUCCCGCAAUUACGUUGGGCAGGUGAUGCCAAUGAAUUAAACGCUGCAUAUGCUGCAGAUGGUUAUUCAAGAUUGAAAGGAUUAGGUGUUCUUGUAACCACUUUUGGGGUCGGGGAAUUAUCUGCAAUUAAUGGUGUAGCUGGUUCAUUCGCUGAACAUGUUGGAUUAUUACAUAUUGUGGGAAUGCCACCAACGAGUGCUCAAACAAAGCAAUUGUUGUUACAUCAUACUUUGGGGAAUGGGGAUUAUAACGUGUUUUGGAGGAUCGCUAGUGAAGUAGCAUGCCAUACUGUUAUUAUUAAUGAUACGGACCUUUGUUUCAUGGAAGUGGAUAAAUGUAUUGAAAUCGCAUGGAAAAGACAAAAACCUGUAUAUAUUGGGAUACCUGUAAAUCAAGUGGAUAUCCCUGUUCGUUCAUUGCAUUUGAAUGUACCGUUGACUUUAAGUCCAGAUAUGAAUUUAAACGAUAUUGGCAACGAUGUCGUUCAAUUACUUUUGCAAAAAAUUUAUAAAAGUACUCAUCCUGUCAUUAUUGUUGAUGGAUGUAUAAUUAGACAUGGGUGUAUAGAUGAAAUGGAAGAAUUCAUACAAAGGACUAAAUUCCCAGUAUUCGUAACUCCGAUGGGGAAAGGAGCCAUUGAUGAAAAUAAUCCUAAUUUUAAAGGUGUAUUCACGGGAUCCAUAUCUUCGCCAUCUGUUAGGGAAGUGGUAGAUUUCGCUGAUUUCCUAAUGGUAAUGGGAUGUAUGUUAGCUGCUUUCAAUACAUCUACUUUCCAUUUUGGGUAUAAAUCGAAAAAUCGUGCUUUAUUAUAUUCCGAUAGUAUUAAAUUCAAUAAUGCUACAUACCCAGAUGUGUACUUGAAACCAUUAUUACAAAGUUUAUUACAAAAUUUAGAUGAAUCUCAAAUUAAUUAUGUUCCAAAAGAAACUCCAAAAAUGAUAAUACCGAAACGUGAAUUACCCGAUGAUGAAUUACUUCGACAAGAAUGGGUUUGGAAUGAAAUUUCUCAUUGGUUUCAAGAAGGUGACAUAAUAAUUACUGAAACUGGUACAUCUGCAUUCGGGAUCAAUCAAACGCGAUUCCCUAAUGAAGCACAAGGUAUAUCUCAAGCAUUAUGGGGGUCCGUCGGGUAUUCCUUAGGCGCAUGUUUAGGUAGUUUAUUUGCAGUUCAGGAAUUUCAAAGAGACCAUAACCAUGAUUUCCAUCAUCAUACACAAAAGUCCGAGAAGCAUAGAGUUAUCUUGUUUGUAGGUGAUGGGGCUUUCCAAUUAACAAUGCAAGAACUUUCAACAAUAGUACGAUGGAAAUUGACACCGUAUAUUUUUAUAUUAAAUAAUCAUGGGUAUUCUGUUGACAGAAUUUUACAUCAUAGAUCUGAUGCUAGUUAUUAUGAUAUUCAGCAAUGGGAUUAUUUGAAUCUUAUGAACACCUUCAAUGCUACUGAUGCGGAUACAAGAAAGAUUAUUACCGUAGGAGAUAUGAAAGAUAUGCUAAGAGACCCAGAGUUUGCAGUAGAUAAUAGAAUUAGAAUGAUAGAAGUAAUGCUCCCUUCGAUGGACGUGCCAAAGGCAUUAGUCGAUACUUGGAAAAAGGAAAAGGAGAAAUAUAAGAGAGCCUUAGAGAGCCCCUAUUCUGAUUACGUGACGGAAACUCCGAAUUCUGAUGGUUCUCUUCGAAAUAAACGUCCUCGUAUUGGUGAAACACCUGAAUCUGACUUUUAA